AUGUCCGCUGUACCUUGUACUACCCUCAUCUUCGACAUCGGCGAUGUCCUCUUCAGCUGGUCUCCGGUGACCUCGACGUCGAUCAAGCCCAAGCAGCUCAAAGCCAUCUUGAAUAGCCCAACAUGGCAUUCAUACGAGUGCGGCGCUUUGGACGAACAGGACUGCUAUGCCAGGGUUGGGGCUCAGUUCUCGCUCGAUCCUGCGGAGGUACGACAAGCCUUCGCGGACGCUCGCGCAUCGCUUCAGCCCGACGACACCUUCCUAUCCUUCAUACGCAAGCUUCAGGUUGAAACCGGCAACUCGUUACGCAUAUUUGCUAUGUCAAACAUUUCCGCUCCCGAUUACGAGGUCCUACGCACCAAGUCAGCUGAUUGGAGUAUCUUCGAACGCGUCUUCACCUCGGCCGCUGCGGGACAGCGCAAACCAAACUUGGGAUUCUACCGCUACGUGCUUUCCGAGACUGGUGUAGACCCAGCCCGCACCGUUUUCGUUGACGACAAACCUGAGAACGUUCUCUCGGCCCGCGCGUGUGGGCUCAAUGCCAUCGUCUUCGACAAGCCUGCGGACGUAUGCCGCGCGUUGCGCAACUACGUUCUCGAUCCUGUUGCGAGAGCACACUCCUUUCUGAAGUCGCGUGCCGGCUAUCACGACUCCUUCACGGAUACGGGCGUCACCAUAGGCGACAACUUCUGCCAACUCCUUCUUCUCGAGGCUACGCACGACCGCUCUCUUGUUCGCUAUAUGCAAUACCCUGACAAGUGGAACUUCUUCCGUGAGAAACCGACGCUCACGACAGAGUCCUUCCCGUGUGAUCUCGACACGACAUCGAUAGGGCUCAUGGUCACCCAGCCCGCUCCAGAGGUGUUUGCACGCGUGAUGGAUGAGAUGCUGACGUACCGGACCGACGAGGGGAUUGUUCUAACGUACUUCGACCCUGAACGGCCACGAGUGGACCCAGUUGUAUGCUGCAACGUUCUCUCGCUAUUCUAUAGUCAAGGCCGAGGCGCGGAUGUUGCUGUCACGCUCAACUUCGUUGCCGCCGUACUCAAGCAUCGCGCCUACGAGGAUGGAACAAGAUACUACGAGGGCGCAGAGCCAUUCCUCUUCUUCCUCUCGCGCCUGUUGAAGUUCAACGAUGACACCGCCCUGCACGCGCGGCUCGACACUCUUUUCGCCGCGCGCAUUGCGGAACGCGUCGGCAGUCCGGGUGAUGCGCUUGCGCUCGCUAUGAGGAUACUCGCGUGCGCCCAGGCCGGCAUCCGUAAUGAAAUCGAUCUGCGUACGCUGCGCAUGAUGCAGGAGGAGGACGGAGGAUGGCCGAGUGGUUGGUUUUACAAGUACGGCUCGUCAGGCGUGCGGAUCGGCAAUCGCGGCCUGACAACUGCGCUGGCAAUUAACGCGCUCAACGUGUUUUCGGCUGGCCGAUUCAUCGACGUCGUGCCCACCACGAGGACCGUCGGGUCAAGGCCAAUAUCCACGACCGCGUCGUCGCUUGUGCCGCGGGGCCAUCGCAAACGUCGCUCCGUACGCGAGAUCGCGAAAGAGAUGCGCGCAUACGUCUUCGCUCGGCCUGUUGUCCUUCAUGCUCGUAAGGGCUCUGACACCUCGAGCGACGAGGAUUCGAGCUUUUGA